AACGUUGUCAACUUUUUUUUACAGAAUUGUCUUAAUUUAUUUUCUCCAGAAAAUCUUUGAAUAAUCAUGGAAUCUUUAUUUAUGCUUGUCAACUUUCAUUUGAGUCUUUCUUUAUGCAUUCUUUGGACCACAUGAUGAUUUCAAUCUAGACUUGAGUUCGUCAUUAUUAAAACAGAAAUUAUUAUUAGUCAUUUGUUUUUUUCUCAUCUCAUCUUCACAAAGAAGCUGUCUCUUUCUUUCACCGUCACUUCACCUAUUUGUGUUCUCAAACUCAUAUAUAUCCCUUCCUUCUUGACUUUCCCUUGAUAGAUCUUCUUAACUUCAUUCUUCAGAUUCCAAAGCUUGCCCCUUUCCUUUUGACUCUGAUAUUACAUUGAUUCAGAGGUGCAAGAGUAAUGAUGCUCUGUCUGAAAAUUUGAAAAUUUUGUCCUGUCUUCAAAGCCCAAUCAUUUUUCAUCUUUCUGUUCUGGGUUUUGCAGGGUUUGAUUGAUUCUCUAUUUUAAAUGUAAAAUACACAACUCUUGAAUCUGUAAUCUUAAAAUCUCUAUGGUUCGAAAACAGAGCUUUUUUCUGCAUGAAAAGAUGGCUACUUUAACUGAACCAUCAUCAUCUUUAAGCUUCACGUCUUCUCGUUUCUCUAACGUCUCUACUGGGUCUAACCAUAUCUCAGCAAGCUCAGCCUCUAACCUCGAAGUGAUCAGUCUAAACAAACUCAGCUCCAAUCUUGAGCAGCUUCUCAGUAGCCCAGACUGUGAUUACACAGAUGCAGAGAUCACUGUCGAGGGUGUUCCCGUUGGUGUUCACAGAUGCAUUUUGGCUGCAAGGAGCAAGUUUUUCGAGCAACUGUUCAAGAAAGACAAGAAACGUUCCAAGAUUGAGAGACCAAAGUACCAUUUGAAAGAGGUGUUGCCUGUUGUUGGGCAUGAAGCUUUUGUUUACUUCCUGAGUUAUGUCUACACUGGGAGGUUAAAGCCUUUUCCUUUGCAGGUUUCCACUUGUGUUGACUCUCUUUGUGCUCAUGAUUCUUGUCGACCUGCCAUUGAUUUCGUUGUUGAGUUGAUGUAUGCUUCAUCUAUCCUCCAAGUGCCUGAGCUUGUUUCAUCUUUUCAGCGGCGGCUUUGUAACUUUGUGGAGAAGUCUCUGGUUGAGAAUGUUAUUCCUAUUCUUUUGGUUGCUUUCCAUUGUAACUUGACUCAGCUGCUUGAUCAAUGCAUUGAGAGAGUGGCUAGGUCUGAUCUCUACAGGUUCUGUAUCGAAAAGGAGGUUCCUUUGGAAGUAGCUGAGAGAAUCAAACAGAUUCGUCUCAAGUCUCCACUAGAGGAAGAAGAGAACAGUCCCAAGGUUUCAGAUAAAAUGCUUGAGAGAGUUGGGAAAAUCCUCAAGGCCUUGGAUUCAGAUGACGUUGAGCUUGUCAAGCUUCUUUUGACCGAGUCAGAUAUCACUCUAGAUGAAGCCAAUGGUCUGCAUUACUCAGUGGUGUAUAGUGAUCCCAAAGUUGUUGCAGAGAUACUUGCCCUUGGUUUAGGUGAUGUCAAUCACAGAAACUCACGUGGCUACUCGGUUCUUCAUUUCGCUGCCAUGCGUAGAGAGCCUUCCAUCAUCAUAUCUCUUCUCAAGGAAGGCGCCAAUGCGUCUAGCUUCACUUCUGAUGGACGCAGUGCGGUUAAUAUAUGUAGGAGACUGACAACUCCAAAGGAUUAUCAUACAAAGACAGCCAAAAAGAGGGAAGCUAGUAAAGCAAGGCUGUGCAUAGAUCUCUUGGAAAGAGAGGUUAGGAGGAACCCUAUGCUUGCUGAUACGCCAAUGUGUUCACUUACUAUGCCUGAAGAUCUCCAAAUGAGACUGUUAUACCUAGAAAAGAGAGUGGGGCUUGCUCAGUUGUUCUUUCCAACAGAAGCUAAUGUGGCUAUGGACAUUGCUAAUGUAGAAGGUACAAGCGAGUUCACUGGUCUUCCCCCGCCUUCAAAUGGGUUAACAGGAAACUUGAGUCAGGUUGAUUUAAACGAAACUCCUCAUAUGCAAACCAAAAGACUUCUUACUCGUAUGGAGGCUCUAAUGAAAACAGUUGAGACAGGUAGAAGGUAUUUUCCAUAUGGCUCAGAGGUUUUAGAUAAGUACAUGGAAGAGUACAUAGAUGAUGAUAUUCUCGAUGACUUGCAUAGUGAGAAAGGAUCUCCACAGGAGAGAAGAUUGAAAAGAAUGAGAUAUAGAGAGCUUAAGGAUGAUGUCCAAAAGGCAUAUAGAAAAGACAAAGAGUCUAAGAUUGCGCCGUCUUGUCUUUCUGCGUCAUCCUCUCCUUCGUCUUCUUCUUUAAGAGAUGGUCUGGAGAACUCAGCAUGAAAAUAAGUUGAAUAUGAUUAGAUAUCUCUGCUCAGAUACUUAUAGGUUCAGGUUUAAUAAAGAUGAUGGAUAGAGUUACUUGUACAACAAUAAACAUAGGAAUGCUCAUUAACCCAAAACAUUCUUAAACUACAUGCAACCUUUUGUUUUUGUUUUUUUUAAAUAUAUUGGUAUAUGCUUUUAGACUA